AUGUCGACCUGCAAGUUCGAUUCGGGCGGGAAAGUUCGCGUCGCUCAUCAGGCCUCAGCGGCCAGUUCAUUAUUAAAGCAAAGCAUCGAAUCGAAACGGUUGGCUCUGUCGAAAGUGAAUGGAUCAUCGUCCCAAACAUCUAACCAUUCCUUUUUUCCAGAUUGCAAAUUCUCUAAACGGCAGCGCUAAGAAGGGUCAUCCUCAAAUCAACGCGAAGCGUUCUCUUGCAUCAAAACGUGAGGCUUAUUCGCUCUAAAUCGUCUGAAACGUUCUUUGAAGAACUAAAGUUCCGACAAAAGGAAAAUUUUUUAAAAGUAAUUCUGCGUGUUAGUCAGAUAAGGACACUGUAUUAGUGAGUAAAAUAAAAUAAUUUUGAAGUGAUUUUUUUUCAGCAAAAAAACGAAAAACGAGCUCGGAUGACGACGACGACGAUGAAUUUGUGGUAGAAGACGAGGAGGAAGAAGAAGGCGAAGACGAAUUCCGUGACGACGACGACGAUUUUGAGGAGGAGGAAGGACCGAAAAAGCGAAAAGUUCCAGCCAAAAAGUACGGUUUUUUUUUUCGAAAACAGUCUUGGAAAGCCCUUCGUUGCGCCUUUUUUGGUGUUUUUAUUGGAGAAGUUUUGAUCUCAUAAAAUGAAGUGUUUUAGAAAGAAAAGAGAAUAAAAUAGCCUUCUGUAGAUGCUAGUAAACACGCGAGAACGGUCCUUAUUUUUGAAAAAAAAUGAGCUUCAAAAAACGUCCUAAUGUCUUCAGAAUGCCCACGAAAGGCUCUCGGAAGUUCCCUCUUCAGUUUUUGUUUCCAACAAUGAUUCGUUUCUUUUAAGAUUCACAUCGCCAAAUGGAAAAACAGCGUCUGCACAGCCUUCUAUUGUGUAAUUUGCCGAGAAUAUUCACAGUAAAGUAUAAAAAAUAUUCAGAAAGAAGAAGGAGUUCACCCUUUCCGAAUCGAGCGACGAGGACGAUUGGAAAGGAAAACCGCGGUUAGAUGAAAGCCAUUCGGUGAGUUUCAGAAAGACUGUUUUCUUGUUGAAAACGGACAAUUUUCGCUGGAACGUAUUUCAGAGUAUCUUGAUCCCGAUUUUAAAAAAUAAGUUUGACGAAUUUCACCUUUUAGUCGAGUUAUACCCUCAUAAGAAUGCGUAAAUUCCUUCUACGCACAGAUACGGAAAAAAAUAGUUAAAACUUGACUAGAAUCGUAAAGAAAAAAAAAAUUAAUAUCGCUCGACAUCUGAAUGCAAAUACGUUUCAACUAAGUUUUAAAACCUCUCAAAACUUGUUUUUUCAUUGCGUUCAGAGAACAAUGACAAAUUAUCAUAUUUUCAUGCAGACUGCAAUGAAAACUCGAGUAACGGAGAAGAAAAACCAGAAGGAAUCCCGGAGGAAAGCCGUCAUCGAGAGCGACGAAAACGAUGAAUUUAUCGAUGACGACAGCGAUAUCGAGCCCGAUAUUAGCCGUAAAAAGGUUUCUUAAAGUGUAUUUCUCUUCAAAUUUCCUCAUUUUCGGGGUCAAAACUUCAGAACAGAAACUACCUGGGAUAUAAUGUAUAGAUACUUUAUAUUAUUAAAGUCGAUGGAAGAAUAUUGAAAAAAUCCUUUGCUUCUAAAAAAUCUUUUCAUGUUGAAACUGACCACUGUCCGUUUAAAAUGUGGAGUUAUGCAAAAAAAAAAGAAAUUCAGAAGUCCCUUUCUCCGAGAGGUUAACUAUUUUUUGCUUAAUUUUUUCGCUUUCUCUCAUAUUUUUCACUAGCAAAAUCAUCCAGCCGAGGUGAAUUUGUGAAGAGAACUUUAUUUUCGCCCGAAAAAAGUUCAUCCUACGUCAUUUACAAAAUUAAAUUUGAAUUUUUAGCAAACCCUGAAAUCGGAGAAAAAAAAAGCAGCGAAUCAAGUGAAACGGAAAAAAGGUGAAUCGGACGACGAAUGGGAAGAGUUCGUUGAAGAAGACGACGACGAGCUCGGCAGGGCCGAAGACGCCGAAACGCCUUCUGACGACAGCGACGUGGGCCUUCAAGUGGAAGAAGAUGAAGAUAAUAACUCUCAUUCAGGCCGAAGAGCGGAACCGAGAAAAACGAAGGACUCGCGAGACUCCGACGACGCGAAGUUGUCGCGAGUUCUUCAACGGCGCGACGUUAGAGGAGCUCCUUGCGACUCCACGUGUCAACGAGAAAAUCGCCGAAGUCAUCAUGAAAAAGAGGCCCUUCGAGAACUUUGCCGACUUGGUAAUCCGCCCCGGUCCAGAAGCGUUUUGUUGGAAAAAGACUGUUUUGAGGAAGACGGUAUUGGGGCGGUGCCGCGUGGAAAGCAAGCCCUCGAGGCUUACAUCGAGCAUUUGGAGAACCGGGGCGUCCUGGAGAAGAUUCUCGAUGAUUGCAAGGUUCGGAGAGUUUUUUUCGGUCCGAUUUAUAGUUUAAGGAAUAGUUUACAUCGAUCAAUGUCUUUUUGAAGUUGAAAAAUGCUCAUUUUGGAAAGUUUUGACGAAUUUCUGUGACAAAUUUGAAGCUUAAAAUUUUUGAAUGUACUUUUCGAAAGUUUCCAAACUUCUUAAAAUCUCUUUUGCGUUCUUUGAUAAUAUAUACAGUUUUGAAAGGCAAUUUUCCUAAUUUUGUUUUUUUUUUCUUCUAAAGCAAUUGAAAGGCUCCUUCACACACCCUAAUUGCAACUCAAUGAAUUUUUUCAAAUGGAAAAGACGUUUCAAUAAAAUCCAUAGACUUUGCUUUUUUCCUGUCGUGUUCGAGUUAUCUCCGCCAAAUGCGAAACUAUCUCUGACUCUCCGAAAUUUAGUUGUCUUUUCACCCUUUGAACACGGCAUGACCGUUGAUUUGUGACUUUUUGAAUUUUUCUGAGUUUCGGCAACGGUAAUAUUCCGCAGUUCGGAAAUUUCAGGACCACGCCGAGACUGUUGCCCGGGAUUUCGAGCGAAUGACGGCCGGUCCUCUAUCUUUGCCCCUUUUGAAAGAAGAGUAAAUUUUUUUAUCCGGUCUAAAGUAAUUUUACUCGUUAUUUUCAGCUGCACUCUCCACGACUAUCAGAAAGUCGGAGUCAAAUGGUUGAUUAUGAUGUACAAAAAAGAUUUGAACUGCAUCCUCGGCGAUGAAAUGGUUGGUGUCAUCAUUCAGACUUUCUUUUUUUGGACUUUUCUAAACGUCGAAUUAUUAAUUCACUGAAACUUCUUCUAGGGACUUGGAAAAACGAUCCAAAUCAUUUCGUUCCUCUCGUAUUUGAAAGCGACCGACGUUCCCGGCCCUCAUCUAAUCGUUGUCCCAUCUUCGACCAUUGAAAAUUGGAUGAACGAACUCCAGAAAUGGUGCCCGAAACUCAAGGUAAAACUUUUUUUUUUCUGUUUAUAUUGGCAAUUUUCCAGCUUCUCACUUAUUACGGCAACCAAGAUGAGCGGAAACAUCUGCGACAUAAAGUCAAAAAACAGAAAGAAACGGUAAGAAUCAUUGAAAAACAUUGGAUAAUAGUUUUUGACAGACCGACAUUGUCCUGACCACCUACAACAUGAUCUCUUCAAAGACGGACGAUCGCAAAUUCUUCAAGAACUUUUCAAUGAAUUACGUUAUUUAUGACGAAGGUCAUAUGUUGAAGAACUGCGCGUCGGAGCGAUAUCGCAACUUGAUGAAAGUCCGGGUUCGUUGUUUCAAGAGUUUCAUGAAGCCCAUUCCACGCCAGCGUGUCAAUUUUUUUUUUGUCAAAAUUUGCGAUGACCAAAUUUGAUCAAGAUUCACCCCCACCUCUCUCAAGAUCUUAUUUUUGCAAUCUUUCUGCAUUUUUGUACAGAAAAGGUGCAAAAAACUGUUUUUACGGUAGAUUUUUUUCCCGCUGUUUAGAAACAUGACCGUAGAACGCACCAUAGUAUAAUUUGAAUUAUUCAAUCUUCAAUGAAUUUUUGAUUCUUUCUCUUGAAUAAAACGGCAUUUUUUCCAGGGAAAACGGAAAAUCCUCUUGACAGGAACGCCUCUACAAAACAACUUGAUCGAGCUGAUCUCUUUGAUGUAUUUUGUCCUCACCAAAGUUUUCAAUCGAUAUUGUGAGGACAUCACUCAGCUUUUAUCCCAUUUCAAGCAGGUUCGGAACCUUUCUCUGGUAGCAAAACGGAAAAAUUUAUUUUCAGCAAGGUCCGGCGUUAGAAGCCGGCAACGCGGUUUUGUACCAGAAAGACCGGAUAGAACAGGCCAAAUCCAUCCUCCAGCCGUACAUUUUACGUCGGCUCAAAACUCAGGUUCAUAUUUUUUUUUUUUGUAGUGCAUCAUAUUGAUGAUCUUCAGGCUCUUGGAAACCUGCCAACGAAAACCGAGAAAGUGCUGGAGGUGGAUUUGACAAGCGAGCAGCAGGAAUUGUACGACACCGUUUUGGAGAGGUUGAAUCUUUUUAAGCCACACUUUUUUUUUGAUGAAAAAGAGGUAUUAUGUCAAAAACGGUUCUCAGAAGAAUACAAAAGAAACUCCACGGAGAUAAAAGAAGAAUAAGUUGUAUUUCGCAGCCUCUAGUUGAAGUUUUUAAAAUUUACUCGGCUCACUUGUUCAAAGAAAAAAAUUUUUUCCGAAAAUUUGACGCGAAAUUAGAUAUCUUCCUUUUAUUUUGAAGUUUCACGCGAAAUAAGAUAAUUUAUUUCGAAAUGAGCUUGCUUUUUAGUUACUUAGAUUUCACGAAAAGACUUUGACAGUGUUCGGAACGACGACUACUACGGGGGCAACUCCUACGGCGCCCUGAUGCGACUCAGACAAGCCGCCAACCAUCCCCUCCUCCGUCGCUCGCACUACAACGAGUUCAAACUCGACAAGAUCGCCAAAACCCUCUGUUCCAAGGUCUCCGACUGAAUCCCCCUCCAAGAAUUACUAUGGACUUUGAAGGAGAAGCCGUACGAGACGAAAAAGUGGGAAGACGUCGCCGACGACAUCUCCUUCCUCUCCGACUUCCAAAUCCACCAGCUCUGCGAGAAAUUCCGCAGCACUCAGAAAUUCCUGCUCGACGAGCAGUUGGCCCUACACAGCGGCAAAUGCAAGCAACUCGACAAAAUGUUGCCCGAAAUCGCCAAAUUGGUAACUUUUCUUCUAAAAACGACUCCGAGUUCCUCCUUGAGUGAAAUUGAAGUUUUCGAGCUUCUUCUCUAUCAUGGUAUCGCGAAAUUCCUAGUUGAAACCAUGAUAGUUUGAUGAAAACUACAGAAAGGUGUUUUGAACAAAAAAAUUAUCAAGAAAUUUUGAAUUUCCUGUAUCUUCAGAUUCUGAUUUUCAAGUAUUUCAAUCUCAAGCUCCGCCCCUAAUGGCGCGAUGGACCAAAAAGAGAGCAAUCAAUCUACAGCGUUUUCAAAUGACGUCAUUCUACUUGAAAAUUCUAAAUCUUGACACACUAUAUAGCUGACUCACGGCUGGCUUGAGCCAUCGAAAAAAAUGGUCCUGACACGAGAAUGCACGAGAUAGCGCCUGGCUCGUGGAGAGCGCAGACGGGACACGCCUCCUUAACGUCCAAAGCUAGCCGUGAAUCAGCUAUAGUUUGGGCUUUGAAGCACUUUUAUCUUGAUGAUAGGAAUCUAAAAAGUUAGGAGAGAGCAAUGUUUUUUUUAAGAAUAUUUUUUUUUUCAAAAAAAAAAGGUCAAAUGGGUGAAUCAGCGCUCGUCGAAAUCACCGAGAAGCUCUGUUUUUCAUAAACCUAAAUUUCCAGGGUGACAAGGUCUUGAUAUUCUCGCAAUUCACCUCAAUGCUCGACAUUUUGGAGGUAGGCUCAUUUUUUUUUUGAGCUGUAGAACUAGUUUUUAAGGUUUACCUGCACAUACGGGGCUAUUCUUUCAAACGGCUGGAUGGAUCGACCCCUGUCAUGGACAGGUUUAGUCAAAUAACUUCUUUCUGACCUAAUAGAAUCUUUCAGACAGGAGAUGAUCAACGAGUUCAACACGUCUUCCUCUUCAGAGUUGUUCAUCUUCCUGCUGUCGACCAAGGCUGGAGGCCUCGGCAUCAACUUGACCUCGGCCAAUCACAUUAUCAUCCACGACAUUGACUUCAAUCCCUACAAUGAUAAGCAGGCGGGUUUUUCGGGGACUUUUUUUUUGAUUAAACACUAUAAGGACCACUCUGGCGUUCCUAAGACUCUUAUUUGGAUAAAAGACAAAAAUAAAGUAACAUUAAAAUCGAUCCAAUCGUUGUUCUCUAAAAAUUAAAAACAUUUUCAGGCCGAAGACCGUUGCCAUCGGAUGGGACAAAAGAAAGAAGUUCACGUUACGCGAUUAAUCAGUAAAGAUACAGUCGAGGUUUCAAAAUCAUAAAAUUCUUAUUUACUUUUCGUAUAGGUCGGCAUGCAUAUGGUGGCCAAGAAGAAGCUGCAGUUGGAAAAGCAGGUCACCGGCGGAAUAAAGGGACAACUUGAAGAAGGUAAUUCUACUCUCUGUGAACUAAAUUGUCGAUUUUUUCGUACAUUUCCGAUCAUUGAAUGAAAGCACUGAGUUAUUAAAGUUUAAAAAACGAAUUUCUAUAGGAAAAUAUUAUAACGGUGAUAGGAAUCUCGAAAAAGGAUUAACUAGCCUUAUAGCGCACGUCAAUUGUAAAAACACUGACGAACGCCUAUGAUUCCUCUCCAUUUGCUCAAAUUCACUUCUAGAUGAUGAAGACUCCCGGGGAAGCAAGGCCGAGGUGACGGAGAACAACGGCGAGGAGAAGCUCGACGAGAAGACGUUGAAUAAUCUCCUUUCGGGAGCCCUACGAAGGCGGUCACUUUGCGAGGCCGAAAAGGAGACGUCUCCCUCAGAUUCGCCCACGUCUUCUAAAAACAAAAAGUCGAAGGCGAGAAAAUGA